UUUUGUAAUACCCCUUCUAGCGCCGUUUUCAAAACAUAUCCAAUGUUGUCUGAGAUCAUCAUUGAAUGAUGUUAAAAGUUCAUGCACGGUCGCGAUGAUCGGCGAAUUCACCACCAUUUAUCAGAAGAACGGGCUAAUAUUGUCAUUGUAGGGGUGAUGGCAUAUAUAUUGUUUAUUGCGAAAACAUCAGAUCCUGGAGCUGUUGAUACUAUUCAUCAAUGCCUGGAACACUUGGUGAAAAAACAGAGCACAGGUGAAAAGUGUCUCAAUUCACCACUUGCUCAAGUCCUGUGCACAGACAACCUGUUCAAGACAGCAGAGCUCCAUGGUGGAAGCUGGGUGUCUCCUGGGGAUCUCAGUCUGGACCAGUAUGGGAAGGAGUCGCCUGGUGAUGAGAUAGAGGAAAAAGACAGGGGUGCAGAAGAGAACAGUUUGUCCCACAGACUGCUGCAGGUGUCGGAGUCACUGCCCUAUGCUGGUGUUGAUGUCCAUAUUGUGUUGGUCAGACCAACUCUCCUGGAGGACCCAAAUGGAGCUGAAUGUUACCUCCCUUUGUUCGGCGCCCUGAAGAAGCUGUCAUGUUGGCACAAUGCGGAGAUCACAAUCAUCACAGACAGUGUGUCACAGACACUCCAGGACCUGGGGGAUUUUACAGGUGCUUCCUUCACCUCCCAGAUCUCCAGCAUCCCAUGGGAUGAUGACCGAGUGUGGAGGGGGAAGGUGGCCGUCAUGAACAAAGUGGAAGGUCAAGGUCAUGUGUUCCCCGGCUUUCAGCUGCGGUGUGACGGGGAGGACCUAGAGGCCUUCCUUGACCGUCUGAGGAAGCUGACCAACAAACACCACCAUGAAGAGACGGGUGUUCCUGUGAUGGGGCGGAUGUUGGAGGUCCUCGACCAAGUGGAUGCAAGGACCCUGCCAUCUUUCAUGUUGACACACCACAAACUUCAGCUAUCCGUGUGGCAUCCACAUCACCUGUCGAUGGCGCUGGUACAGGAACUGCUGGACCAGGAGCAGACUGCGGUGAUCGCCCGCCUGGCUGUGUAUGACUCCGCGUCGGUGGUCGACUGUACCCAGAAACUCAGUGCCCAGGCAUGGAGGGAGAGUGUCAUGGCAAAUGUGGACUACGUCAUAGAGCAAGAGGAAGACCUCUUGAGUCCCACCCACUUCCUCCACGUUGUGUUGCGGAGAGAAGACUCCUCCGCUGAUCACCUGACUGCUGUCGUCCUGCGUGACAGUUCGGAAGUAAACGCCGGCUUGUUCCGCAUGGACUCCGGCCUGUACAGCAGUGGGUGUGGUGGGAGCCCGAGUGGGAGGCCCAGCACCAGCCUGGACACCUACCUGAGUGGCCUGCCUCACAUCACGGGGGAGGUGGUCGACCAGCUCAACACUAGCCUUGUCCACAUGCAAACUGGCAUGCUACAGGACUGGAUUGCUGAACUUGAGCAGCAUGGAGAGUCCACUGUGAUGUCGGUGGAGAUGCUGUACAAGUUCCUGGGGCAGAUUCAGCAGAACUUCCUGGACCAGCUGUUCCAGGACGGAGUAUUCCAGGCUGCGGCAAGCAGAGCUGAAGAGUCCAACACCAUUCCUACUCUCGAACCAGAUGUGGAGAUGGACCCCCUGGACUGGCCAGAGAGGAAGGCUGUGCAACACCAGGACACACAGAAACGAGAGAUGCGGCGCUACCAGUCUUCAGAAAGUGCUUGUCUCUCGUCCCCACCACACCCUGAUGAUGGUGUGUCAACAAUAGAAGUGAAGGACUUCAUCAAGUUGUUCAACCCAGAUGGAAGCGCAUACAUCGACAAGCUUUCACCGAUCAGACAGCAGUCAAGACGCAAGCUGACCAAACUCAGUAGUCAGGGGGAGACAACUCUCUUGUGGCCCGACUGCAUGGAUACGCUAUUUCACGGCAUUGACUACUACAAGGACAAAAUAUCAGAGAAGAAUGAAAAACACUACUCCAGUUUACGGGAGAAGUUCAUCAAGAAUGAGACCUGCAGCUCCUUCACGACCAAACGCAUCCUCACCAAGAAGAAACCCCACAAGUCCGAGUCCGGAGACAGGAAGCGAAGGUCAGGGAGUCUCAUGUCGCCGUCCAGGAAGUCGCCGCGAGGUCCACUGACAGCACUGCGGCCGAUGAAGGAGGAGAUCAGACCCAUGUCCCAGCCGUCCCGACAGAAGAUGGUGCUGCAACAUCCAGGGCUGAAGAGUCCACGGAAGCGCAUGACCUUGACCUCCGAGAGGCUGAGGCGAUCGCCACGGAAACAACCCAGUGCUUCCUUCCAGCGCCUCAAGUCAGACAGCCACGUGCUGCCCCUACCACCGAAGAGGAAACGACGAUCAGAUCCAGAUUUGCUCAACCAAUCAGACGACGGAGAUGAUGUAUUCUCAUCACAGAGACUCGAUAAACCGUUACGAUCGAGACCUGUGUCUUCUGCAAGUGUGUCGGAUGAGGAGAUGGCGAGGAAGCAGUCCCGCUCUGAGAGGCACAAAAAGAAACUGGAGCAGAUCGUCAAGUCUGUCCUGGUGCAUCAUGGGGUUGAUGAAGACAGCGCCAUAUUCAAGUCGUGUGCAGACAAACUCUUCCAGGUCACCAAGUUCUUUGUUAAGACUCUCCCCAACUCCAGGAAUCUCAGUCAGGAAAUGAAGAAUAUCGCAGAGGGGCAAGUCACACAGGUGGUGGACCUGGAGAAGAGGCGGCAAGAGAUGAAGAGACCGUCCAGAAAGUAGAUCUGUUCAGUAAUCUCUUCAUCCCUACGUCAAGGAGGCAUCAGUGGCCUGGGGGCAUGGGUGGCCCAGGUGGCCCAGUGGUCUGAGGCGCUGCGAUUUGCUGUGCAGAGUUGCAUCCCUUUGGCACGCCAGAUACCUAUGAUUGUGGUUCAAAUCCCGGUUCGCCCUGAUAAU